UUCGCCAAGCAGGUAAUGUGCUGCACCGCAUGCCUCCAAUAUUUGUAAUGUUUAUUGCAAGUAAAUCAGUUGUAGUUACAUAUCUUUUUAAAGCACGAGCUAGCUAAACACAUAUUAGCUUUACUUGACCGGAGAUAUAGUGCAGUGAUGAGUCCUAUAACCCGGAAGUGAGUUCGCAUUUUACAACUAUUAGUUCCCUCGUCUCAGAGUCAAUGGGAUUUCUCCAUAGGAUUUUGGAAAAUAGCUCGAAAUAAGAUCUGUGGAAAACGAACCUGCUUGAUAAAUGCACGUUUUGUUCAGCCGGAUAAUCUCCACAUAUCUACCCUACUUUUAUACUUUUCGAAUCAUAAAUCUAAUGGCCAGACGCAAAAUGCUAACGUUAUGCUAUAAACGAACUACAGACCAUGGAUGUAUAAUAAGAACCUUUAGAAUAAUUACCUUUUUAGAAGUACACCAAAACAUAACUGCUAACAAUGUAAAUGCUGUGUUGGAAAAAAAGUGAAUGUAAGAAAAUGUUGAGUUAAAUACUUUUGGCACUGUAUAUACAAAUCUUGGAAAAAUGCCUAUUGUGGCUGUCAUACUUGCAUACAGUGGCAACUAAUAGUAUUGUGAAGAAAUGUCAUGACAACCAUCUUCAGACUGUUGUGGUCCUAUUUAGGACAAAACGUUCAGAGCUGUCCUUGUUCCAGUCCGCCCCUGAUUGAUUAGUGCUUUAACUCGUAAAUUACCCCAAUGUUAAAGCUUGUUGAUGAUAUGUGAGAUUGUAAAUUGUCAUGCAUUCUAAAGGGUUCACUGUAUUUUUUUCCUUCAACAGAUACCAAACCAAAUAAAUAUCAAACAGCACUUUUAAGAGCCUUUUUCAAUUUCUUCUCUUCUCCCUCCUCAGAGCUAUAUUCCCUACAUUUCUUCCUGUCUUCUCCCAUUUUUACCAUCUUCAUCUCUGUCUCUUUACCACUUUCUCUUUUGUAUUUAUAUGCACGCAAACACACACACACACACACACACACACACACACACACACACACACACACACACACACACACACACACACACACACACCUGUCCUUUGUGUGUUUUGAUUUCUAGUUCCUGAAAUGGCUGCUAAACAAGGUGAGGAACAGCUAAAAGACGCCAUUUUCCUUGCCGAUUUACUUUGUAAACAACUGAAGGUACAUUUUUUUAUUUCAAUUGUACUGAUUAGGUUGAUUGAUUAUGUGCUUGUAAUUUUGUAAUGCUUGUAAGUGAAUAGGAAUACACUGGGAAUGAAAAGCAGCUUGUUGUGGUAUGCAUGACUACUUUAUUGAAGGAGGAAGAAGACAGGGCCAGAGCAGCAUCUAGCUGGUGCAGAAUCCGCUGGGUAGGCAAAGAUGUUCAGGGGCGUCCUCUAAAAAGGAGGGACAGAAGUGGGGCAACCUGCCGACGUACUAAAGCCAGAACUGUUGCCAUUAACAGUCCAGUGACUGUGGAACCAGCUGGAGCAACCUCUGCAGUACCCCCUCAGCUUUUUGAAGAUGAGAUUCAGCAAUUGCAGGAGCUUUUGGUUGAUCAACCAUCAACCUCUUCCUCAUGGUGCCUGCGCCAAAGUGCUGCCCAAUUGGAGUGGCAAAAGGCAAGGUCCCAUCACUUGGACAGCUUGCUGUCUUCAACUAUGAUCGUCUUCUGCCCACUGGUAGGCAUUCACACUCGUGUAACCCUGAAUGUGUUACAGAGUCUAUAGGCAGGCCUGUCAUUUUCGUCUGCAUUAAUGGGCGUUAUGAUUUGCAUCUCCCCAAGAGGGUGUGCAACACAUGCCAUUACGAAUGGACACCUGAUUGGGGAGACCUCAUUAGAAGCGGUUACUGGCCAGCUUCUGUGAACGGAGACACGUUAUAUUCCACGGAUGUCUUCAAAUCUUUUGAGGACCUGAAGACUGUGGCACCAGGUUUGUCCAGACAGGCCUUUUUACAGAUGCUGGAACGGAGGACACAGCAUUAUGGGAGGACAGGAAAAAUCCAUGGAGAUGUCUUCCAAAGAAGCUUUCUGGAGUAUAUGGCCUGCCAGUACGAGUGCCAGAAAAUGACAUCUGAGGAACUCUUCUCAUGCCCAGCUUGUUCUCCCAAAAUGUUGGCUGUGUCAGUGGAUAGGAAACAGUACCGUUUCCGACUGUCACAGAGGUGAACCACUUUUUAAAGGCCCGUUCAUCAUGGAAGACUCGGCUGUCACAGACUUUGUUGACAAAGUCAGAACAAAUGUAAAAUGUACCCCAGGAAAAGGUACAUGUGGUACCAGCCAGUGGUCAGCUGCUCGAGAGACAGCAAGAAGAGCCAGCAGGCUUGAUGAAGAGGGGUUAGAGGUGGCUGUAUGAAGACAUGGAGUGCUACUGAAAGCUCUCAACAUCAAAGACAAUGCCAGAACUGCGACCUUUGCUGAGCAUGCAACCGUUUCUCUCGGUCAUGCAUGCCAAGGCCCAUUCCACAAAGUGUGAGAUUGUGUGGAGUGGGAGAAAUUUGGAGGGUGCUGGUUCGACGGCCGGGGAAGAAGUGGAGAUGGUGAACAGCUUUCUGUCACGUUGUGCCAUCACAACUAAGUACAUGACAAAAUCAGCUCGCAAUGACAUGUUGACUGUCCAUGCAAUGGGAUGGAACAGACGGAAGCAGGAAAACCUUCAUGUGGUGUUGGCCAAGAGAUAUGUCAAGACAAUCACAAUGUUGGAGGGUGAGACUCAAAAAAUGAAGGACACCUGCGAAGAGCUUGGAUGCCCUGAGGACAAAGUCCAACAAUGGGUUAAUGAUGUUAGAGACUGGGCAACAAACGACAACACAUCAGGCGACAAUCAGUCUCUCCAGAUUGAGAAGCUAUUUCUAGGGCUGUGCCAAAAGAAAGCUUUCCUCUAUAGACAGACUGACAGCAAUAAGAUUCGGCAGUUGCGUCGCAAAAGGUUAAGGCAGGAAAAGACCAAACUCUUAGCGGCAAUACGCCAGUACAACACCGGACAGCCUCCUGAAACAGAAAUCCAAGAAGAAGAGGUGGAGAGAAGACUGUCUGCUGAACAGCAAACAACAGACAGUCUAAUAUGGCCAUGGGAAGUGCAAAGUGAUGAAUCGGUGUCCAUUUUGGCCCAAAAAAAAGUCUUCGAUGCCUACAUGGGCAAAAGGAGACUUGUGGAGGAGAGGGCCAUAAUUGUAAGGGAGAUGAGGCAGCACUGCCUUUAUCUGAGAAGUCAGGCUGACAAGAUCAGGAUGCAGAUGCAACAUGUGUCAUGUGGAGGACAUAGUGACAUGACUCAAGAAGGGGAGAGAUGGAUUAGCUAGUCUUCUAAAGAAAAUACUUGCUGACGUGGACACACACAUCCAGCAUCUUUCUUCGGCCUACAGCCUGGCAAUCGGACCAAAUGCCCCUCAAUGGCCUGAUGACUCUGUGGAGAACCAUGACCAAGACAGUGACAUCAGUGAUGACGGUGAGGAAGACCCUGAUGAGGACAUCACACACACCCUACCCCCACCUUGAGGAAAGGACGCUGGAGCACAGCGCCUCUCUCCCCCACCCUACCCCCUCCUUGAGGAAAGGAUGCUGGGGUACAGCGCUUAUCUCCCCCACCCUACCCUGAAGGACACUAGGGUGUACAGCAGGGGUGGCCAACCAGUUAGAGGUUGAGAGCCAAUAAUUUCCCUGCGUUACUGCAAAGAGCCACAUCAUACACAUGCUGGGUGUAUGUCCCCCCCACCUCUCUCUCUCCUUUCUGUGUGCUCCCUCAGUCUCUUCCUCUGUGUGCCACUCUCUCUCACACAUAGAACAUGAACAUCUAAACAUUACAAUAAUUGACCCACACACUAGGACACACCCUCCAUCACAGACACACAUACCUCUGCUCAGUCAGAAUUCUUGUUAAUGUCACACACCAUGAUAUUGACUGAAAUGUACUUAACCUCUCCUACCAGUAUUAAGACCAGAGGCCAGUUAUCGUCAACCAAUAACAUUGUGUGCACUCUCACACACAACCUCUCACUUCAAAUAAUGUGAAAAAAAGUUGUUAUCUUACUAUGCAUGUUGCUUCUUUGAACUAAGUGAACAUUCUGGAAUGAAUUGCCUUGAACAAUCCUUAAAAAUGUGGCUUGUGAGGAAUAUGUAAACGUUUGUAUUUAAAACAAACCCAUGACUAAGGUUGGUUUAAACAUUGCUAUGUAUUGUAUUUUAGUUAAUUCUCCUCACAUGAUAACUAUCUCAACCUUUACCUAACCCUCUGACUGACAGAAGCUCUGCUGACAGAGAUGCACUUUCUCUAUUUUUUAUUUCUUUACCACAAUUCACCUAUCCGGGAGUCCUUCUGUGUCAGCAACCAGCUUUCCGUGAGCAGGCCCUCUCUCACACUCACACACACACCUAACUACAACUACAAAGUGUUGCCGUUUAGGGCUGAAAACAUUAUAUUGAGUUAUUACGGUUUUAUCUUAGUUAUUAUCUUCAGAAGCAGAACUCUCCCUUCACUGUCACAUUGCGAGUGCAGUAAAGCCUGCCUCCGGGGCUGCAGGAUCUGCAUUCUGAUUGGCUAAAUCACUUCUGUAUUGAAAACUCUGUAACGAUUGUCCUGGAACUUGUGUGUUGUUUACCCUUUGUGAACUGGGAUACAUAUGCGCAGAAAAACACACAACAUUAAAAUUCUAUAUUAAUUGAAGUUCACAAACCAUGGUUUACGUGUCAACUCACUAAUUUAUUUGUUGAUGUUCACAUAUCUGUUAUCUGAUUAAAUAAAUGCUAUUUUAGCCCACUUCCGUCCAACUGGACAGAUGUUAUCCAAUAACCAUAGUCCGACAGGUAUUCGCCUGGCUUUCUUAAAGUAAAACAGGUACACAAGUUCACAAAAUACAUUUAUUGUCAUGUUUCUCACACUAGGAAUGUAACAUUACAACAGCAUUCGUCUACAUAUAAGAGGCAAUGUAAGCUGUGUCCAAGUUCUGACACCCAUGUGCAACAUCUCAACUGGCUCAUAUCUUGUCUUAUUAAUGUUUCUCAUAACUAAUUGUAUUAAAAUUAACUCAUUUUCCAUCAA